AUGGAUAUAAACGAAUCCGUCAUCAAACAAGAGGUCGGGAAUUUUAUUUCGAGCCUACAAAAGUUACUGCCCAGGAAAAAAGAAAUAAUAGUAGUUGAACCUGUAAAGACUUAUAUGACUAAACUGAGUGAUGUACACGCUGAAGCGAAAAGUGUCUUUCCAAAGUGCUUUGUUGGCGCCAAACUGGUUAUUCUCAGGGAAAUUCUGGACAAAGUAAAACUCGUCCAGAAUUACAAUCUAGCAAAAACUAAUGACACUUACAAGUGCUUUACACACUUCAUUCAUAAGGAAAUGGACGCAAAAAAUGUUGAGGAUGGUCUACUUAUCGACGCAACAGGUUCAGCUAUAGCUACUUACAAAGAAACUGUUGACGACUACGAAAUGCGGUUAACAUCUAAAAUCAAGGACCUCGUAUCAUCAGAAACCGAGAUAAUCUUCGAAAAGGAUGGUGAAAAGACGAUUAGUUCUUUUUCGUGCUCCAUGAGAGAUGUUGACCCAAAUACGUUGAAAUUAGUUACUCAGUGGAUGUACAAAGUGAUUCCAGAGUUCAGUGUUGGAAGUGAGUUCGGUUUAAAGCCUUUAUCGCAUCCUUUAUCACCGGAUUUGUCAGUCAGUGCGAGAUACGAGCGAGCAUCGUUCACGCUGUCUUCAACAAUCAGUAGAAUGGGCUUCCAAGUGUGUCUUUACAAGCAAUUCUCUCCAGACUUACGGAUAGCAACGAUAGUUAACGAGAAUAAUAGAAGUCCAGCUACAGUUGGUUUGGCUCUUCAUAAAAGCUAUGAAAAUGGGUCAGAGUUGAAAAUUUUCGUGGAUUCCCAACGUUGUGGCGGCUUCACUUAUCAGAGGGACCUUUUGUUUUACGAACCGCAUAACGAAGUUCGAGUAAUACGAUUAAUGGCCAGUACACUCAUAGACAGACAAAAACGAGUCCGUUUCGGAUUUGGUUUCCAUCUAGAUUUU